GGAUUGGUUCCCCUUUGAGCAGGGGGUUGGACUAGAUGACCUGCUGAGGUCCCUUCCAACCCUGGCAAGUCUAUGAUCCUAAGAGGAUGUGUGGUUUGAUGUCCUUUAAGAUGUCAGCAGCAAGCAUGUACUGCUCUUGAUUAAAAUCCAUUACAAUUCUGGCAACUUGUGUUAAGGGCUAAGCUUACAAUACUCUCAAUAUUACUUUAAACAGUUUCACAAUAAAAAUCACAUUUAUUGAGUUUAAAUUAAAUCUUGUUUUGUUUUCAAAGCUCAUAGGGUUAUUUGUUUUGAAUCCACCAUGCUGGGCCCCAUCCCAUCUCUCUCCCAUGCAGGUUCAUAAUCUGGUUUCAAUCGAGCUUGCCUAUAUUAACACCAAGCACCCGGACUUCAUGGACACAGCGCUGGUGUCUGCCUCUGUCAGCACCAGCAAGAAUGACCCCCCUGCGGAGGGGAGCCGGCGUUGGAAGAGUGACAAAGUGGAGGAUGCUGGCAUGGAGGAGAAGCCCAAGGGGAAUGCCCAGGCCCCCAUGUAUUCCAGCCCCAGUCGCUCCCAUGCUGUCAAUCUGCUGGACACAGUGAAUUACACCCUUCCCACACAGGCAGGUGAGAGUGGGGUAGUGACAGCAGGAGAGCUGUGUCUGGGCCAACCUCAGUGCUCUGGCUCCCAUUGCGCCUUUUCAGAGCUGCUUUGCUUCCAAGGUCAGCAGGGACCAUUUUGAUUAUCUAGUCUGACACACACACCCUGCAACACCCAUAGGCCAGAGAACUGCCCCAAAGUUAUUCCUAGGGAAAAGCUGGCCAGUGCUGGACAAUGCACCACAUUCCAUUCUUUCACUCUUAAUGAUUUCUGCCUUCUUUCCAGUCUCAAUGUCUCUAGCUUCAGCUUCGACCCACCUCGUUGGAGAAUGUUCUGACCUUUGUGUGUGAUCCUAGCAUUGUGCUACUGGAACUGGAGAUUGCCUGGCUUUAUAACCUUACUACUGUUAUCCCUGGGAGAAGGCCCUGCGUGUUGGGACCCCCCCCUUUCCUUUGAAGGCCCAUGCCCUCUCUCUUUUCCCACAGCCCAUGCCGGCCACAUGGAAGCUGAGCCAUCAGGAGCAGUGGGAUUGUGAGGUGAUCCGCAGACUCAUCAUAUCCUAUUUCCUCAUUGUGCGC